AUGCCAGGUUUAAAAGAUAAAUUAAAAGAAGAAGAGUCCCGAGUCAUACAGGCAAGCAAGAGGAAAUUAAGACCAAACCUAACAAGGGAUGAGAUUAGAGCUCUAGAAGAACUGAGAACAGACGAAAACAUAAUAAUAAAAAAAGCAGAUAAGGAUGGUGCUUUGGUAGUUCUCAGGACAGAAAACUAUAGAGCCAUGGGACAGGCACACCUUAGAGACAUAAAUACUUACAAACCUCUACCCAACCCACAGGAAGAGUUGCAGAGAGUGGAGACAGAAAGCAGAGUUUUAGUAGGCAGAUUCUACUGUCUAGACGCACCAACAAGAAAAAGAUUUAGUUUUACAGCAGCACAAAGAGACGCCCUGUUGGCCCAUAAGCCAAGUAUUCCCCAUUGGUACAUCCUCCCAAAAACUCACAAAAAAAUAGAUGAGGAUUUGGGAACUUGGCCAGGCAGGCCUGUACUCAGUGGAUGCUGUGCGCCUACGAGACCAGUAGACAGACUACUAACUACUUUCCUCUCCCCGUUGUUAGACCUUCUUCCAGAAAGACUGAAGGACACAACCCAUUUUUUAGGGAAGCUUAAAGAAGCACCGAAACUGGAGGGAGAAACCUACCUCUUCUCCUUCGACAUUGUGUCCCUUUACCCCUCUAUUCCACAGGAGGAAGCAGCAUGGGUUGUGGCGAACUUUUACGAAAAGAACUUUGGGUAUAUACAAGGAAGGUUGAAGGAAUUAUACAACAUAACUGCCCCUCCCCCUUACCUAAUACAAGAAGGGAUUAAACACAUCCUUUCAGGGACCCUACUGAGAUUUGAUAGUAAGUACUACCAACAGAUGAAAGGCACAGCGAUUGGAGCCUCAGUGUCUGUGGCAGUAGCAGAAAUUUUUGUGCACGUGAGUAUUGAAAAAAAGAGGAAAAAGUUGAGAAAACAACCAGAGUUUUUCUAUAGAUACAUCGACGACAUUUUUGGAGUGUUUCGGGGCACAGAGGAAGACCUGCAGGAAUACUACAGAGAGCUUAACCAGUUCCACCCAGAUCUGAAAUUUACGGUUGAAUUUGACAAAAACAGAUUACCUUUUCUAGAUACUAUGGUGUAUGUAGACAAGGACGGCUUCCUGCAGACAACAGUGUUCCAUAAACCUUCAAACACGCACCAAUACUUGCAUUUUCAUUCUAGCCACCACCCAAAUCUUAAGAAAAGUCUCCCCUUCUCACAAGGAAUCAGGGUGAAGAGAAUUGUGAGCGACCCUGAUCUUUUAGAGGGAGCCCUGAAAGAAAUGGUUAAUUUUUUCAGGGAAAGAGGAUACAGUGAGAAGAUCCUCAAAGAGGCAAUGGUAAGGCUUGAAGGAAUACCGAGAGAUACACUCCUGCAUGUGAAGGAGAAAGAACUUUUAAACAGAAUAAUCUUUCCCAUGCUUUAUUCUCAAAAUAUAGCAGGCCAGUUACGCAGGUCAAUUAACAAAAUCUGGGAAUGGGCGCAGGAAAAUGCCAUAGACACCCCUUGGGAAAACAGACUAAGAGGCCCACCACCCAUGAUAGCAUGGAGAAAGGGUAAGACAAUUGCAGAGAAACUGGUAAGAGCAGAGUUCCCCUCCCCUCUGCUCGGGGAUAAGUCUUCACAUAAUGAAAGAAACGUUGUUUAG